AUUCACAUUAUUGGUUGAUUUCACUGUUUUUACGGUUUUGCUUACUUCGAUUUCCAUGAAUUUUUCUUUGCUUUGUUUUCAUGGCUUUAAUCUUUACAACUUGUAUUUCCUGAUAUCAUUUUGUUGAAUUUCGUUACCUAAUUCAUUUUUGAUUCAGUAUCUUAUUAUCUUUCAUGUUUUGGAUAACGUUGUCUUCAUUUUCCAUGUUGUUUCUCUUCUUCUUGUUGCUAUUUGUAGGUUGCUGAUGAUCAGUUAGACGGAAUACUCUUGCAACCGACAGGACUGUUAUUAGAUUUCAUAUUUCAGGCGCUUGGUUGCAAUUGAUACUUGAAGAUUGUGAUUGUCAUAGGGGGUUUUGUGGAUUCUUUUGGGUAUUUUGAUAAUGGCCUCUAGAGCAAUUUUGAGACGGAGGCGGCUUCUUUCUGAUUACCUCCACAUUUCUAGUCGUUCGAUUCAAGGUCUGAGCCACGAUUUCUCUACCAAAUACUCAGACCCCGGUGAUUCUAGCUCUAGAACAGAUAGCCCUCUCAGAGACCUGGGCAGCAGAAAAUAUGAUAAUCCAACCAUUAGAAGACGUGAGGAAUUUAAGAACUUCUCUGAACUGGGGUUCUUCAGGCCGCAUAAAUUCUAUACGAUUACAGGAAAUGGAACAUUGGGAGAUAUGUUGUCCAUGAGGAUUCAAUUGGUAUCACAAUCUUCAAGUUUUGCUUCCAUAGCCACAGCACAUCAACCAAAUUUGGGUGGUGAGGAUGAAGAUAAUGAAAAAGUUUCUAAAAGGAAGGAAGCUUCUCCAGAGGAAUGUGAUCAAGCUGUUGAAGGUUUGAGCAGUGCAAAGGCCAAAGUCAAAGCCAAACAGGUUUCUGAACCUCCGAAGGCCGCGAGAUCCAUAUUUCAAAGAAUUUGGGCAAUGCUAUUGGGGAUUGGUCCAGCUCUAAGAGCUGUGGCUUCUAUGAGCAGGGAAGAUUGGGCUAAGAAACUCGUUCACUGGAAAAACGAAUUUGUAUCUACCCUGAAGCAUUACUGGUUGGGUACCAAGCUUCUUGGUGUUGAUGUGAAGAUCAGUUCCAGAUUGCUUCUCAAGCUUGCUAGUGGGAAGAGUCUCUCUAGGAGAGAGAGGCAACAACUGACACGAACCACCGCAGAUAUCUUUCGGCUAGUUCCUGUUGCUGUUUUCAUUAUUGUUCCCUUCAUGGAGUUUUUGCUGCCUGUAUUCUUGAAACUAUUCCCCAAUAUGUUACCGUCUACCUUUCAGGACAAGAUGAAAGAACAGGAAGCAUUGAAAAGGAGGCUAAAUGCAAGAAUAGAAUACGCAAAAUUUCUUCAGGAUACAGCUAAAGAGAUGGCCAAAGAGGUCCAAAAUACUAGGAGUGGAGAAAUCAAGAAAACAGCAGAAGAUCUUGAUGACUUUUUGAGCAAGGUCAGAAAAGGUGCUAUGGUUGCUAAUGAGGAAAUCUUGGGAUUCGCAAAGUUGUUCAAUGACGAACUUACCCUCGAUAAUAUCAGCAGGCCUCGCUUAGUGAAUAUGUGCAAGUAUAUGGGAAUCCAACCUUAUGGAACAGAUGCUUACUUGCGGUACAUGCUCCGCAAAAGAUUGCAAUGGAUAAAGAAUGAUGAUAAGAUGAUCCAAGCAGAGGGUGGUGUGGAUGCUCUUUCUGAAGACGAACUCCGUGAAGAUUGUAGAGAGCGAGGCAUGCUUGGAUUACUUUCAGUGGAGGAAAUGCGUCAACAGCUCCGUGAUUGGUUGGAUUUAUCUCUUAAUCACUCUGUUCCAUCUUCACUCUUGAUUCUUUCAAGAGCCUUCACUGUGUCUGGAAAGUUAAAGCCUGAGGAAGUUGUAAGCGCGGCGUUGUCUUCCUUGCCAGACGAAGUUGUUGACACCGUUGGUAUUACUUCCUUGCCAUCUGAGGAUUCUCUGUCAGAGAGGAGGAGAAAGUUGGAGUUCCUUGAAAUGCAGGAUAAAAUCAUCAAGGAGGAGGAAGAGAAAGAGGAAGAAGAGCAAGCCAAGAUGAAGCAAUCUGUUGGUGGCGACACGGAUGUGGCAUUGGAAGAGAUGAUUAAUGCAACAGCUUCGGAAGUGCAAGAAGAAGCUAGAGCGAAAGCACUAGAUAAACAAGAGAAGCUUUGUAAAGUCAGUGAAGCUUUGGCUGUUUUAGCUUCUGCAUCUUCUGUGAGUAGGGAGCGCGAAGAGUUUUUGAGGCUUGUCAACAAGGAGAUAAAUUUGUAUAAUAGGAUGAUGGACAAAGAAGGCACCGAUGGUGAAAAGGAUGCCAUGAAGGCAUAUAGAGCUGCCCAUGAGGAAACUGACAAUUCCUCUGAUGAACAUGUAGAUGAUGAGGUCUCUUCAGCACUCAUAAAUAGGGUUGAUGCUAUGCUACAAAAUCUUGAGAAAGAAAUUGAUGAUGUAGAUGCAAAGAUUGGUGAUCGUUGGCGAGUGCUUGACAGAGAUUAUGAUGGAAAAGUGACUCCUGAGGAAGUGGCAUCUGCUGCCAUGUACUUGAAAGAUACUUUAGGCAAGGAAGGGGUUCAAGAGCUCAUCAGCAACCUUUCUAAAGAUAAGGAGGGAAAGAUUCUAGUGGAAGACAUAGUGAAGUUGGGUAGUCGUUCGGAAGAGGCUGAUUGAUUCUUAGCAAAAUCCGGGUGAUGGUAUUCUUCCGUUAUCACUUGGAACCAGCGUACGGCAAUCUAAUAGCAGAACUUCACGAGUGUCAUUUACGGAUUUUUGCAUCAUGUAGAGGCUUCAUAGUCAACUAUACGUCCUUCAUCACACUCUGUAGCGAUUAAAGUGUUGACAUGCCAAUUUUUAUCGGCUCAUACAUUAAAACCAAGUGACUGAAUUUUGUAAAGUAGUGCUCAGAUACGAAAGCCGAACAUAUAUGUAUGCAGGAUGCAAACAUAAAAUAAUCUUCUUGCAUUCAUCUAAGCUUCAUGGAGUUUCAUC